CUUACUAACAAAAAACAGGUUCACCUUUGCUCUAUAAAAGUGCACUACGAGCAGUGAUAUUUUUCUUGUAAUUGAAUCAGUUUCUCCGGGUUGUGCACAGUUGUUUUUGCUACUGAGAAUUUCUACAACAGUUCUCAAUGAAAUCCAUCAACGCACCCCUGUGUUGUUUGCUGAUUGCUAUCGUUGCAGCCAAUGCGCAGCCAAUGGCGAAUAAAGCUGAAGUUCGCAGGAACAUACGCGUGUGUGCAAAGGAGAUGGGGGUGUCGAGCAGAGAAGCGGUUCGGGUUCUGAAGGGCAACUUUGCUGAUGAUAGCGAUAAUAUCAAGUGCUUCAUAAAAUGCAUGUUCAGCAGCAUGGGUUUCAUCGACGAGAACGACGAGAUUGUCGAGGAUGCAAUCCGGGAGAAGGUGAUGGACAAUUUGGAAUCGACGGAGGCAGAAGAGCUGUACGAAAAGUGUAAAAUUACCGGCGAAGACAUAUGCGACACAUCCUAUCAAGUUUACAAAUGUAUUUUCGAAAACUAUGAGGUCACAGAUGAUAUGUUGGAUUUCUGACAGGAUUUGUUGUUACGAAGAGUUUAAUCUAUUAUAAUAAAUAGAGUCUUUCCU